UGCUGCAGUCUGAUUGGUGGCUCCUCUGACUAGAGAAGCCGACUGACUGGGGGAGAAGUGAAACUGUCAAUGUCAAAGGUUCCUGGAUCAGCUGUGUGCCGUUGAUCCGCCCAGACAUCCACUGAUAACAGCAGCGAUCGUUAACAAGAGGAGAGAUUUGAAGUCCGAGCUCUCCAGCAGCUUCUCGUCGGUCUCAGGCAGCAUGAACUCCCUCCCAGGAAGGGCCGCUUUGUCUCUGUGCAGGCGCACAGCAGCGGGCGGGAUGAGGGUCCUCGCUGGUUCCCCAGGUCACCCUGCCAGUGGCAUGCCGGUCGACAGGGCCUGCAUCCAGGCAGUGCGGGUCUGCCACUCCGGGACAGGCGGCAAGGGCAGCGUCAGUACCAAGAAGAGGGGCUAUGACAUCACCAGAAACCCACACCUCAACAAGGGAAUGGCAUUCACCCUGGAGGAGCGCCUACAACUGGGCAUCCACGGUCUGCUUCCCCCCUGCUUUCUCUCCCAGGACGUACAAGUGCUGCGGGUCAUGAAGAGCUAUGAAACACGCGUCAACCCUCUGGACAAGUACAUCCUGCUGAUGACGCUGCAGGACAGGAACGAGAAGCUGUUCUACCGUUUGUUGACCUCUGACAUCGAGGAGUUCAUGCCCAUCGUGUACACUCCCACCGUCGGCCUGGCCUGCCAACAGUACGGACUUGCCUUCAGAAGACCCAGAGGACUCUUCAUCACCAUCCAUGACCGAGGCCACAUCGCCACUGUGCUCAACUCCUGGCCUGAAGAAGACAUAAAGGCCAUAGUGGUGACAGAUGGGGAGCGUAUCCUCGGCCUGGGAGACCUGGGGGGUUAUGGGAUGGGGAUCCCUGUGGGAAAGUUGGCCCUGUACACAGCCUGUGGUGGGGUUAAACCGCAGCAGUGUCUCCCUGUGCUGCUGGAUGUCGGCACAGAUAACCAGACUCUGCUCGAUGACCCCCUUUACAUCGGACUGAAACACAAGAGAAUCAGAGGAAAGGAGUACGAUGACCUGAUUGAUGAAUUCAUGCAGGCGGUGACAGACAAGUACGGGAUGAAUUGUCUGAUUCAGUUUGAGGAUUUCGCCAACAGCAACGCGUUUCGCAUCCUCAACAAAUACAGGAACCGAUACUGCAGCUUUAACGACGACAUUCAAGGCACUGCAUCAGUGGCUGUAGCUGGGGUCUUAGCUGCUCUGAAGCUCACCAAGAACAAGCUGUUAGAUCACACUUUUGUUUUCCAAGGAGCUGGCGAGGCUGCUCUGGGAAUUGCUCAUCUGCUCAUCAUGGCCAUGGCCAAAGAGGGUCUGAGUAAAGAAGAAGCCGCCAAGAGAAUCUGGAUGGUGGACUCAAAAGGUCUCAUCGUGAAGGGAAGGGGCAACCUAAACCACGAGAAGCAGGAGUUCGCUCACGAUCACCCGCACCUGAAGACUUUGGAGGAGGUGGUGCAAACCAUCAAACCCACCGCCAUCAUAGGUGUGGCUGCUAUCGCAGGAGCUUUUACUGAGAAGAUUAUCAAAGACAUGGGGUCCUUCAAUGAGAGGCCGAUCAUCUUUGCCCUGAGUAAUCCAACCAGCAAGGCUGAGUGCACCGCAGAGCAGUGUUACCAGCUCACAGAGGGCCGGGGUAUCUUUGCGAGUGGAACGUUCACAAAAGUCACACUGGCUGAUGGACGCACUUUCUACCGUCAGGGCAACAAUGCCUAUGUCUUCCCCGGAGUUGCUUUGGGUGUCAUAGCCUGCGGAGUGCGGCACAUAUCUGAUGACGUUUUCCUCACAACAGCAGAGGCGAUAGCUGACAUGGUGACAGAGGAAAACCUAGCUGAAGGGAGACUUUAUCCUCCUUUGAACUCCAUCAGAGAGGUGUCGUUCAAGAUCGCAGUGAAGCUUGUCGACUAUGCAUACAAACACAACAUUGCGUCACUGUACCCAGAGCCUAAAGACAAGGAGGCGUUUGUGCUGUCUCACAUCUACAGUCCGGACUACGACUCGUUCACUCUGGACUCGUACAACUGGCCUCAGGAGGCCAUGAACGUCCAGGAUGUGUGAUCCAGCACGCCUUGGUCACUAAACGAAAUGAUGCUGCUGUGGCUUCACGUAUGACUUCUGCUUGGCCUCCUUUCAGAAUGACAUCUGUCGCCUUGUUCCUCUUUCUUUAGCUCAUUUUCUGUCUUUGAUAUAGAUUUGUCCCACGUCAAAUUGACGGUUAUGAUAUGAUUACACGUCAAGCAUACAUUUCUGACUCUCCGUGUUAAACUGUUUAUUUCACUCUUUCAUGGCUGUAUCAGAUUUAUCAUUUUCAUCAUUUCUCAGUUCCCUGAUUUAAAGUCUCAAUGUUUUAUAGCAACGCAACAGCAUAUCAGAUAUCAUAAGGGCGACUUGUGUAAUGUAAACAACACUCCUAUAGUAAGCUAAGCUGCCUCAGUAUUCAGCAUCCGCAGUGACUCAUCAUUUUUUUGAGAGCUGAAUCAAAUUAUAUAAAAUUACAAAAGAAGUCGCUCACAGGAACGCACAAUGCUUCCUCUUGUCUCCACACAGACAAACAGGAAACAUUUGACUCUCAGUGCCUCUUGCUGUGUGACCUCUUGACAGCACUGCUCCCAUGUUCUGUACUUAAGUCUCUUCUGUUUGCCCCAUGGGAAAAAAAAGCAGUCACAAAGGCCACAUCUGGCUCCUCUUCUUCAUAUUUGACACUCCUUUCAGUCUGCACAUGUUAAAAACAUGCACACAGGACAGAAAACACUCCAGGAUCCGUCAUGUUUCUGUUGUUGUGAGUCUAAUGCGAGGCACGCUGUGUCUUGAAUGUGUUAAGAGUUUUGUUUGUUGGGGAUUUAGUUUCAACAUCAGGAGGUUUUUUGUAUACGAUGGGUGUGUUUCUCCUUCAGUUUUGUAUAGAGCUCUGCCUGUUGUUGUAUUUUUGCAAAGUACUGAUGAUGAACUGUAUCUUAUCUUUGACUCCUAGAGAACAUGAUGCUCUACCAGCUUUAGUACAGAGAGAUAUGCCUGAAGUUUUCAAAGGGAACAUAAAGCUUUUUAAAUAAAAUGUAUUAAAAAUUA